AUGGGUAUAUUACUUGAAUGUCACAAAAUAACAUAUAAAGCAGGAGAUACUAUUUAUGAUGAGGGAAAUAAAUCUAAUUAUAUUUAUUUUAUCGUAAGUGGAGAAGUAGAAUUAUCUAAAAAGGUUGCUGAUACAAAUUUAGUAUUAUCAUCUUAUGGAGAAUAUUAAUAAUUUGGAGAAAUUGAAAUACUCAAUAAAAUUGAAAGAUUUACUAAAGCAAGAGUUAUUACACCAAGAUUAAUUGUAUAUAAAAUAAGGAAGACUAAAUUCUUUAAUAAUUUAGGUAACUUUCUUGUCUAUGAAAAUAUGAAAAGAAAAUCCAUACUUAUAUUAAAACAUUGGAAACUUAUCUUUAAUUCUGCUCUAUCCUAAAUUAAUAGAUAAACUGAUGUAAUUACCUAAUUUUAUUUAUUAAGCCAUAUCUAAGUUCACAUCGUAGAUAAUUAAAAUCAAAAAAGAAUAAACAUGAUAGUUCUAAUUAAAGUUUAAGUUAAGUCUAAGUCUUUUAACAUUUAACUGAUGCUGGAAUAUUUUCAGAUGACUAAUAACAUUAUUUAGGUUCCGAUGAUACAAAUUCAAAAAGAGGAUUCAGCAGUGCUUUGUAAUAAUUUUAAGCCAAAUUAAAAAAAUAAGGAAAUCAUGCUUCUCAAAUAGAAUCAGCUACAAAUAAAGUUAGAGAUAAGUAUCUAUUUAUAUUAUUAUAGAACUUUUACAACAGAUGAAUAUUAAUCUCCUAAGCCUAUUGUACAUGGCAAAUUUUCUUUUCAUGUUAAAUUACCUACUAUCAGUCCAAAUAAAAUUCUACCUUAAAUGAAUUUAGAUUAAAUACUUGAUUCAAUCACUAAACUUCCUAAAGUUCCUACUGAUAAUCUUGUUAUCUCUUUGAUGUAUUAAUAAGCUUAUAAGUCUAAUAAUCCAGAUAAAAGAGCUAGGCAAAUUUAAUAAGUUAUACAAGCUUCAUUUAGAAAUGUUAGAAAACAUUUAGAAUCUAAAGAUAAAAAAUAAAUAUACCAUAGAUUUAAAUCAUAAGAUUCAUUAUUAAGAAACUUAAGAAUGAGUGAUAAUAUUGAAGAAAAAAAAGAAAAAAUAGAUUAUUUAAACUUUGUUCAUCCUAAACAAAUAUUUUGA